UUUAAUGCCACGUAAUAAAAAAAUUACAUUGUCAGCAUACCCUUUCUAAUGGCGUCAUCUCAAUUUGACGGAAAAGUCCUAUUUGAUUCAAUUUUACAAAAAUAAGGACUCAAUUGAGACGUCGAAAAAGAAAGGGACCUAUUUAAAAUUUUGUACGAAAAUAGAGACCUAUUAAGACAUUAAACCAAAUUUUAACUAUCUUUAAAAGAAUACUUUAUAAAAUACAGGAAAUAAAAUAAUUUUAAUUCGAAAACAAAAGAUUAUAUAUGAGUAUAAUAAAUUGAAAACAAGAGUGGAUGUAGGAGUGAAUGAAAUAACACAAAGCAUCUAUUCUUUGUUCAUUUGAUCAAAACCACUGCAUUGUGAACUGUUUUGGUGGAAACGUGCUAUUAUGUUCCUUCAUUUUCAUGAUGAAAUGUCAAUUCCUACAUCUAGGAAAUAUCCGACUUCAGAAUUUUCUUCUUUGUUCUUUUCGAAAAGCAAGUCACAUUAUGUUUUCACUGAAUUCCAAUAUUUUCCUCCCACCAAAUUGUUACCGAGAUGUAAUUGUGCUAAAGACUGUAGAAAAAUAGUAUUUUCAGAAUAUUAAGCUCCAAGAGGUCUACCAUUAUAAUUUAGCUAUGGUGUGACGAAACUAUACUAUAAUACAAUACAAAUAACUGAACAUGGGAAUCAAUUCACAUAAUGUUAUUUUAACUUUCUCAUGGUCUUGAAUUCUAUAUGUUUAGUUAAAUUAAAUAAUCACAAAAAGCUUUAUUUUUCACAGUGAUUCUACUUGACUUGAAUAAGAAUGUCUUUAAUAAAUGAUAUAUUGAUCUAUGAAAGCAAAAAAAUACACCACAAACCUCUUUUCACAUUCUGCAAUUUGCAUCCCAGUAAGACAGCAUCUUACACCUUUCUGUUAUCUUUCUUUUCCCAUGAUCUGACAUCUUGUUUUUGUCUGCAAUAAGACAGAUAAAUAUAAUAAGUAACACGUGAAGAAAAUCAGAAAAAUAGAUUACCAGUAACCAAAAGAAAUUGGAGGCAGUGUCAUAUCUGUCUUAACUUUCUAAUGUUGCUUACAAGUUACACCACCAGUGAAAUUCUAAUGCAACCAUUCAUUCACUAGGAUAAUAAGGUGACGGUUCAAAGGGCGGUACCAUAUGUUGGAUUAUACUUAUUCAGAAGAUAAGAAACUUAUUCUGAUGUCAAUUGAUGUACAUAAACAACAUGUGAUCUAAUUUAUUACUGAUCUUAGCAGCAGAAAAUUGUAGGAAAAGGAUUGUGAAAAGAAUCAACAUGUAAAAUGUGGCAAUUUGACUGGAAAGAAGAUUGAUGUGAUAAAUCUGAUAUGUUCCUCAUUUUCCCAGAAUAAGGUGAGUCAAUGACAAAGAACGAAUAUCUCAUCCGUUACGUGUAAAUUUCCACCAUUAGAAAUUGAAAACAAGUAAAUAAUAAAGUCUGGAACACUGAAUGAGGAAUGUUGAUGUGGUGAGGAAUAUAUCAUCAUGUUUGUUCCCCUUGUUCUGGGAGGCUGUUGAAUUCCUCUAUAGAUUGGAGAAAACAGCCGUCAUCCCACCAUUCUUCAAAAACUUUACAAACAACAAAGUACAACAAAUAAAUUUCAUGAUGUUGACGCAUUCCCGUGAACUGUGCAAGCCAGUCUCCAUCAUGAUUCUAGUUAACUUGGCUCUGGCUUUUGUCAAUUUGCUCCUGAAGAAGGUUCUUAAUGAAGGAAUGGAUUACAUGUCCAUUAUAACAUAUCGACAGGCAAUUUCGUUUAUCUUCAUGGCACCUAUUGCCUGCAUCUAUGAAAGAGUAACAGUUCCACAAAACCUAUUCCUUCUUGGACUUGAUUAUACGUCAGCUACGUUCUCGUGUGCGUUCCUCAACACGGUGCCUGUAUUUACGUUCAUUAUGGCAGUGCCAUUUGGAUUUUCAAGGAUAGAGAAGGUGAAUGUGCAAAGCAAGGGAGGCAAAGCUAAAGUCAUGGGAACUUUUGUGUGCAUUGGUGGAGUCUUGUUGUUGGUCCUUUAUAAAGGAAUGCCCCUUUUCAAGCCACAAUCUCAAUACAUAGCUGACAAAAUUACAAGUGUACCUUCAACUGCCAAGUUAGAAACGUGGAUUAUAGGUUCAAUAAUUCUGACUGUAGGCUGCCUCCUGUGGUCUUCAUGGUUCAUCAUACAAGCAAAGAUUAGCAAAAAAUAUCCAUGUCAAUACUCUUGCACAGCUAUUUUGUCACUCUUCGCUGCCAUUCAAUCAGCAAUAUUAACUCUGAUCAUCAAGGGAAAUAAUGCUUCGUGGAUUCUCAAAGGAAAGCUAGAAAUAAUAAGUAUUAUAUAUGCUGUAAGUACAUUCUUCGUAAUAUCAUGAUCAUUUUAAAUUAUUUUUAAGUAGCCUGU